AUGUCCACUCAUAGCCACCGUAGAGGCAGUGUCUACGCAUGCGCCCGCCUCAAAUCAACAAUGGCGGCCUCCUUUGGCGUGUGUAGGUUACAUUUCAGGAGUUUGGGGAGGUUUCAUAAUUUUUAUCUGGGAUUGGAAACUCAAACUCAUAGAAGACUCACUUCAACUAUAUCAGCAAUCAAAGCCCAGGCAGUAAACAACACCGUCACGAAACCCAAGGAGAAUAAAACAUUUCAAGCAAUCCAGGAGGAGAGAAGAGAACAAGCUGAAAGAUCGGUCUUGAUCAGCUGUCCGCCUAAGUUCAAUGAAAAUAAGUUUUUAGAUUACCUGUCUAAACACGGGACAAUAAACAAGCAUUUCUUCUACAGUGGCUACGGAACAUAUGCAGUUGUUGAAUUCUCCAGUGAAGAGAGCAUCGCCUCAUUGAAGGAGAGCACCAACUUACCAGCUGUUGAACAUGAAGCUGCAGUACCUUUCAAAUCUCGUUUGCUGUCAUUGAAAUGGCCAGGCGGUCAAUUGAAAAACCAACCCAUGCCAACGUUCCAAGAGCAAUCCCCUCCAACCAUUGGUGACAUCACCCAACUGCUCUCGGAAAAGGACAGUAUAGAUGAGCAACUGCAGUGUCUGACAGAGGCCUUACAGCUCACAGAAGAGAACAUAAGCCUGCGCUUCCUCGUUUGUUCUCUGCUUGGAGACAUUGCUAGAGCAUAUUUCCCAGAAUGCAUCAUCAGGCCUUUCGGUUCCACUGUCAACGGCUUCGGCAAACUGGGCUGUGAUGUCGACAUGAUUCUGGACCUCGAUGGCAUCUAUGCAACAAGCCAGACAAAGGGCUCAGGACUGUCCUUAGAGUACCAGGUGAAGAGAGGGGCCUCAGAGCGGGCUGUGACCCAGAGCAUCCUCUCAGUCAUUGGGAAAUGCGUUGACCAGUUCGGCCCUGGAUGUGUGGGAGUCCAGAACAUUCUCCAAGCUCGAUGUCCUCUGGUCCGCUUUUCUCACCAACCCUCUGGCUUUCAGUGUGAUCUCACUGCCAAUAAUAGGGUGGCGAUGAAGAGUUCAGAACUGUUGUUUCUCUAUGGGCACCUGGACCCUCGUGUUCGGCACCUGGUGUUCAGUAUUCGGUACUGGGCUCGGGCUCAUAGCAUCACGAGCAGUAUUCCUGGAGCCUGGAUCACCAACUUCUCUUUAACGGUCAUGGUAGUGUUCUUUCUACAGCAGAGGAGUCCUCCCAUACUGCCCACACUGGACCGACUGACGGAACUGGCAGGACCAUCGGAUAAGUGUGUCAUUGAGGGUAAUGACUGCACUAUUGUCAGUGACCUCAGCAAGAUUACACUGCAGAAGAACACAGACACAUCAGCAAAACUAUUGCAGGAAUUCUUCGAGUUUUAUGGCAAUUUUCCCUUCAACAAGGCAUCGAUCAAUAUUAGGAAGGGAAAGGAGCAGACCAAACCGGAAAUAACAGCUUUGCACAUCCAGAAUCCAUUUGAAACCACUCUAAACGUUAGCAAAAACGUCAAUGCAACGCAGCUUGAACGCUUCGUGAAACUUUGUCAAGAAAGUGCUUGGCUUUUUCAGAAAAGCGAAUUUCUUAACCGAAGUUCUAGCCAAUCGUCUGAGUCAGUUUCGCCGUGGGGGUUCUCUGCGCUUCUCCUUCCUUCAGUCACCUCAGGAGCAGGGGUGAAAAGUCGCAAGAGGAGAAAACUGGAACCAACUAGUUCAAGAAUAAAGAACCUGUUAGACUCUCUGAAGAUUAAAGGUGGUGAAACUGUGGCAAAGAAGGGAAUUGCAGGUCCUAGUAGGUGAUGUGGUCAAUAAAUCUCUCACCCACGACAAUAAGAGAAAAGUCUCCUGAAGAGCAAAUGCGAAUGACCAACGUACCCAAAGAUUGGAAAAAAAAAAGAUGUGAAGUUUAUGUAUUUCUACAGUCAGAAGCUGUAAGUCUUUUAAGAAAUGUUAAAAACUAAGCUCAAUUUCCGUUCCACUAAAGUAUUUCACAUAAAAAAGAAACUUUGUAGAUCCCAACAUAUAACUUAGGAAGAAGAGGUCCACUGUGGUCUUCGACUCCUAGAAAAAUGGAGCUUAAUGGUUGUUGUGUUGAUCUGAUAACAGCAAUCAUUACAGUUUCCACAGACGUGGAACAGAACCUCUCAACACUAAACGGCUUGCAUGGAACAGUUGUGAUUGUUAGAUCACACACAGACUCCAUCUUCUCUGCAUUGCAAUACCAAUACAACGGUCUAACGACUUUAUGUAAAAGCAAAGGUCACAUCAGUACCAAAGUGUUGUGAGAGGUACAGAAAGAAUAAACAUUCACUGUCAACUAGUGUACAUAAUAUUUUAUAAGAUAUUAAAACAAAGGAAUUACAAUCAGA